CUCACAUGCAUCCCGCCGCUCUUCAAUAACGACAACGACAGCGCACGCGCAACAUCGCGCAUCACUAUCCCCGUGAGCCGCUGUCUCGACUCAGGCCUCUUCGCAGGCUCCAGCGCCGACCAUGGCGGACCUUGCGGCGCCGCCCGUGCUGUCCACGCCCGACGACCACAUCCUUGACGUCCCCGCCGCCGACGCCGUCCUGACCUCGACCCUCUCCGACGACGCCCUCCGCUCGACCUACGAGAUUGAUCGUACGGCCGGCGAGAUUGUGCGGGGAGCAUGGAGGACCAUCGCCCUGCAGUUCCCCGACCACAUGCUCGUCGAUGCGCCGCGCGUGGUGGAGCUUCUCGGCCGGGAGCUCGCCGCGCGGCAGACGCAGCCCGACUCCAACUCGUCAGACAGCACGCCGUCCGCGCCGAGGAUACACAUCCUUGCCGACACGAGCUAUAGCGCGUGCUGCGUCGACGAGGUGGCUGCCGAGCACGCCGAUGCCCAGGUCGUGGUGCACUACGGCCGCACGUGCCUCAGCCCGACGAGCCGCCUGCCCGUCGUCUACGUCUACACUUCGCAUCCGUUGGACCACGCCGUCGCGCUGGACCGGUUUGCCGCCGAGUUUCCCGACCCGGCGGCAGAGGUGGUCGUCAUGGCGGACCUGACGUACCAGGACCACGUCGAGGGCCUAGUGAGCGAGCUGCGCGGGCGCGGCUACGUCAACGUCUGCGCGACCGAGGUGGUGCGCGAUCCUGCCGCCGUGAUCCCCAACCGAAGGAUACGUGAGCCCGCGCUCGACGACGAUUCAAUACGGCGGCACGCGCUCUUCCACAUCUCGGACCCUCCCGCGGCGCUGCUCCUCGCCCUGCAGUCUCGCUUCGCGUCGUUGCACGUGCUCUCGACGUCGGCGUCGACGUCGCCCUCGGUCGACAACCCGACGCUGCGCACCAUGGGCCUGCUGCGGCGGCGGUUCGCGCGCGUGCUGUCGCUGGCGUCGGCGGGCGUCGUGGGGAUUCUCGUCAACACGCUCUCCGUGGCCAACUAUCUGGCGUCGGUGGACCUCUUGCGCGCCAAGAUUGCGCGCGCGGGCAAGAAGAGCUACACGGUGGUGGUGGGCAAGCUGAACCCGGCGAAGCUGGCCAACUUUGCCGAGAUCGAGGGCUGGGUCGUCAUCGGGUGCUGGGAGAGCGGGCUCGUCGAGGAGGACGCUGGGUACUGGCGGCCUGUGGUGACGCCGUUUGAGAUGGAGGUGGCGCUGAUGAGCGAGGAGGAGCGGACAUGGGGCGGCGAGUGGUGGGCAGGCAUCGAGAAGCUGCGGGCGGAGGACGCUGCCAGCGAGGUCGAAGCAGAAGUGCGGACAGGGGCGGCAGAUGUCCAGGCUCGGGAUGGCCAAUCAGCAGACAAUGGAGAUGCCGAGGACGACAUCGACGGCGACGAGUCGCUGCCGCCGCAGUUUGACCUGCGGACGGGCAAGCUCGUCAGCCACAGCCGGCCGAUGCAGCUGACGGUGCGGAGCGCGAGCGGGACGGCGACAGGCAAGGGAGAGGCGGAGAAGGGUGAUGGCGCAACACCAAAGACAGGGUCGGCGCUCGCGCGGCGGGCGGCCGGGGAGCUGGCGAGCAUCAACGGGGUGGCCAGCCCGGGGGCCGAGUACCUGCGGUCGCAGCGGACGUGGCAGGGGCUCGGCAGCGACUUUGGGGCGGGCGAGGCGAGCACGGCGGUGGAGGAGGGGCGGAGAGGGCUGGCGAGGGGUUACACGGUGGGCGAGGCGGAAGCGCGGCGGUGAGGGCGUUUACUAUCUGCAGCCGUUCAUUAUCUGUGAGCGUAGAUGGCAUUCGCAACGGGAACCGAAGGUGAUGAUGUUAUGAAGGGAACUCAUGAUGGACGGCGUGAACGGAUUGAUGGUCAUGACGUUGCGGUCCCAUUUUGGAUCUAUCUACCUAUGCGCGCACAAUAAGAGGGUGCGCUUCUUUUGCGCCCCGUGGUCAUGACGGGCGCAGAAACGGGCAAGCAAAGGACCAAACAAGGCCAGCAGGGCAAGCAAGCAAAAGCCAAUGAAUGGAAAAAUCGACGAGGUAUAUGUCCCAUGCGG